AUGGAGGUGGGAAACCACACCAGAGUGACUGAGUUCAUCAUCAUGGGCCUGACAGAGGACCCUACACUUUGUGUCAUCUUUUUUGUGCUGUUUCUAGGAGUUUAUGUUGUCACCAUAGUAGGCAACAUCAGCAUAAUCACUUUAAUAAGAAGCUGUCCCCAGCUUCACACCCCCAUGUACCUCUUCCUCAGCCAUUUGGCUCUUGUGGACAUUGGGUUAUCUUCAUCAGUCACUCCUACAAUGCUGAUAGGAUUCUUUACCAAUGGUAUAUCCAUUCCUGUUGCUGCCUGUGAUGCACAGCUCUGUGCUAUGGUUCUGUCUGGGACAACUGAGUGUUUUCUUCUGGCUGUGAUGGCCUAUGAUCGCUAUGUGGCCAUCUGCUCUCCUCUGCUCUACUCCACCCACAUGUCCCCCAAAGUCUGUGUCCUCUUGGUGGGAGCUUCAUAUCUUACUGGAUGUGUGAAUUCCUGGACAUUUACUAGUUGUCUAUUGAGCCUGUCAUUCUGUGGACCCAAUGUGAUAGACCACUUUUUCUGUGAUUUCUCCCCUAUGUUGAAACUGUCUUGCUCAGACAUCUCCCUUAUUGAAAUCAUCCCUUCCAUCUCUUCUGGCUCCAUCAUUGUGGUCACCGUGUUUGUUAUAGGUCUGUCCUACAUCUACAUCCUCAUCACCAUCCUGAGGAUGCGCUCCACUGAAGGGCGACACAAAGCCUUCUCUACCUGCUCUUCCCACCUCACUGCAGUCACCCUCUACUAUGGAACAAUUACCUUCAUUUAUGUCUUGCCCAAAUCCUUUUACUCAACUUCCCAGAACAGGGUGGUAUCUCUGUUCUACACAGUGAUGAUCCCUAUGUUGAACCCCCUCAUCUAUAGUCUAAGGAACAAAGAUGUGAAGGAGGCCCUGAGGAAGGCCAUUGUUGGAAUGUUUCUUUAGGAUCUAUUCUUAGUUUUAUUUUAUUUUAUUUUAUUUUUGCCUCCAGGAUUAUCACCGGGGCUUAGUUCUGGCACUAUGAAUCCACUCUUCUUGGAAGCCAUUUUUUUAUUGGAUAGGCAGAGAUUUGAGAAGGAAGGGGAAAUAGGGAGAGAAAAAGAGAGAGAGGCCUGCAGAAUUGCUUCACUACUCAUGAAGCUUCCCUGCUGCAGGUGGGGAUACAGGGGCUCAAACCCAGAUCCUUGGGCUAGUCCUUGCGUUUAGUACUAUGUGUACUUACCUGGGUGCACCAUCAUCGAGCUCCUAUUCUUUCUUUCUUUCUUUAUUCCCUUUUGU